GCUCAUUUGCAUGUCGUUGCGUGUGUGCCAGCUUUUGACUCCUGCCGCGUGUGUGUGUGAGUGUGUGUGUGUGUGUGUGUGUGUGUGUGUGUGGGGCAGGUGCUUUGCCCAUGCCGGGAGGAAGAGGAAGGCCACGUGUAAGAGUUGCUGCAGAACCCCCUCCUGCCUCCUCCCCCUUCCUCAUUUCACCCCCUCUUCCUCCUCUUCCUCCGGUUUAGUGACUUUAUCAAUUCAUAUUUUUUUGAUCGAUUAUAUAGGCUGUGCGCGUCAUGCCCCUGGGGUCUGAACCCUCUCUGCAAGCUUCAUUUCCUUCACUGUUCCUACACUAGCAUGCUAGUUAAUUAGUUAGCCUAAUUAAACUUCUUGGAUCUGUGUGACUUUAGGGUGUACUAUAGACAAUUUGGCAACAAUUCCUUUACUAAUUUCCCCCCUAUCCGUAUACCACUAUUAUGGAUGCUACAGAUAGAUCUGAGUUUUUAACAGCUCUCUGGGCUAAAUGCAGCCCAGCUCUAUCACCACACUGUGGAGGGUGAAGUCGAGGUCGUGGUCAGUGGAAGGUUAAAGGUCAACUGGACAACUUUCUCCCCAUGGUCUUAAACGCAGUUCAGAUAGCUUCUGUGCUACAUAAUGGUUUUAAAAUGCAACAGCGCUCCGGUGAAAAUGCGCAGAAUACAAAAGCAAAGAAAGAAAAUCGUCGUGCUACAGCGCAAAGAAACUCCCAUUGUGUGCGAAUCAGAUUUUUUGCUAUUCUAUUUAUUUUGCUUUUAUUGCUGCUGAUAUACCACCACAUGUUGCGAGCUUUAAAGUAAGCCUUCAGAUGCUUGUUUUCCCCUUUCUAAUUUUUAAUUAUAAUGUUGCUGUGGAAUCACAUGUUUUUUUGUGCUGCUACACAGGCUGUUCGCCACUCAGUGCACAUGCGCCUCUAUUCUUUUCUUCUUUUUUUUUUAAGCGGUUGUAGCAUCAUGUUUAUUAGAAAUGAAUGCGAGCUAGCUUUGCGUGGAGCUCUUUCUGUGUGCGCGUGUGUGAAAACGUUGCGUAGCAAAUGUUGCUGCAAAGGAGUCACUCAGAUUUCUCUGUGCAAAAAGAAAUACGACUUGUUUUUGUUUCGGGUUUGGGCUCUUGAACGGUGUUUAGCUUGGUUUUAAACGAAGCAGUAGCCUAUUGUUGUGGUCAUUUUAUCCAACCAGCUCUCAGGUCUGCCUUUAUCUCCUCCCUGCUGUUUGGAGCCUAUUCCCCAGUUUUACUUGACGCGAAGCAUUGCGAAAUUAAUUUAUAGCCGUAUUCCCGAAGCCUCUUUUUCCAACUAACACGCGAAAAUAGCCUCGGAUUCAUUCUCGCCACACGGAGGGACAGGCAUCUGCAGCCCUCCAUUUAUUUCUCUCUCUGUCCGUUACUUUGCAUGACAAUAACCAGGGGAAUGGACCUCGAUGUAUUUUUCAAACUGCACAAAGGAGCAAAACCACAUUUCUCUUCUGCGUCGUUGUCCCUGUAGCUUUUUCACCUCGGUAAUAUUUCAGAUCACUGACAAGCCCGGUCGCUGCAGAUAAUGACGACGUUUAACCCUAUGUUCGUUUGUAAUUUCAGCCUGCCACUUCAGGCCUGCUGUUGAGGGGAAUGCUGGCUUUUCAUGAAAAAAAAAAAAAAAAAAAAAAAAAAAUGAUAUGACAUGAUGAUAUUAUUUUACACGGGGUUGGAAAAUCCCUUCUGCGCGAAACCAACUGGGCCUUGGCAAAUAGGGGGAUUUCUUACCGUAAUGUUGCUCCCAAUUCAUCCAUUUUAGAGAAGCGUUUAAUCCCGAUUUGUAGCUUUAGUGGGAGCAAAGCAGUUUGUAAGCAACAACUGAACAACGCUGUGUGUGUGUUUGUGCGUGUAUCGCUGCCCGGGCAAACUUUGUAGAAAGGCGUAAAUUGUAAAAAGGGACUUGAAAGUUAUUUAUUCAGGCCUGCUCUCUUCCUCUUCCUGAAUAUUUUAUUACUUUUCAUUCCACCCCCACCUCGGCUCCGCAAAUAAAUAAAUAAAUAAAUAAAUAAAAUGAAGCCACCGUUUGAGCUCGUUGGUGUUUGAGCAGUAAACGGAACUGACCCGCCAUAAAAGUCACAUGUUUAAAUCCGGAUACGCUGACCUUUUCCGCUUACUUUAUCCCGCUGUAUGUCAUCUUCUCUCUCCCCCCACUCCCUCUGUCUUCCCUCAUUGAAAUAUGUUACAGCAGAGAAAGCGACUUUUCUCUAAAAUGUAGCAGCAAGGAAGUGAUUGCAUAUUACACAUGGGUUGUGGUUAGUAAAAAAAAAAAAAAAAAAAGAAAAAAAAAACAAGGGGGAUUUUUUUUUUCAUGUCAAGAUGCCCUUACGUCAAUCGACGUCAGAUAGAUUUUAAUAUUUAAACGCACGGUAUAGUAAAGAUAAAACUCCCAAAUAAAAAUAUCCUGGAAAAUAUGCAAAAUACGCCUACACAGAAAUUCCCCUGGCAAGAAGAAGAGCUUUGCUUUUCUUUCCGUGUCCUCUUAACAUCCGUGUCUGGAUCUUUGCUCAGCGCAUUGACCUCUACCUGAGGCCGGAAACAAUGGGACCCCGUUGAACUGAAUGGCUGCUGCUGACAAACUUGACAGAGGGAGGGGAAGUGCAGCAGUCAGACCGAACACACCUUGAUCGAUACCUGAGAUGACCCGCAGCAGAGUGGGAGGUCAAGGUGACAGAAAAAAAAAAGACGCACACACCUGGGCAGGGCGGAAUAGAAUAGAAUAGAAUAGAAUAGAAUAGAAUAGAAUAGAAUAGAAUAGAAUAGAAUAAGAUUAUAUAAAGACAUGUGGAAUUCGUCUGAACAAUUCCCAUGCUCCCUCCUGCUGCUGCUGUUGUUGUUGUCUGCUCUGGUGAUGUAUGAGCAACUUUUGGAGGAAACAGGGGGAAAAAAGAGCAAUAUUGCCUGCAGCAGGGAGGGUGUGUUGGUGUCACAAAAUCAAUGCGGGAGCAGUGUAAGAGCAGGUAGAAAUUACAUGGAAAAUGUAGCUGGGAGACCACGUGACACGAAAGCGUAAAAAAAGCCUCUCAUAUGUUUAUUGAUUUAUUGUUAUUUUCUUUUAUACAGAGGUCAUUAACAUGUCAGCCAAAAUAGUUUAGUAAUUAUAAAACCCAAGUUUAAUUAAAGUGAGGAAAAAAUAUUUUGAUUGGUAUAGAUAGAUAGAUAGAUAGAUAGAUAGAUAGAUAGAUAGAUAGAUAGAUAGAUAGAUAGAUAGAUAGAAUGACUUUGUGCGCUCUUCUGUGAUGACUUUUUAAUUCACUUAAAUCAGAGUUUUAGAGACAGACUACAAUUCAUUUACUACUCUGAAGGGAUAUUUAUCCAUUUCUUCGCUGCGCCAUCCAUUCUUCAGUCAGAUCACUCAGAACAGUUUCUGAUAGGACAGCGUUUCCCUGUGCCAAGCGAUUUGUCUUUUCUUUCAUUAAAUUGUGUUCAUUCUGUUAGAACGGUCCACGGUUGGAGCUGCCAAGAUUUUUUUUUCCCUCCCACUCUUUUUUGAAUAAUUAAAACCGUGGUUUUAAUUAAAUUCUGCGUUGGUAUCAGGUUGAUAAAAAGUUUAGUUUGUUUUUUUUCUUUUUUUGAGGAAACUUUUGUUUUAACCACGAGCAGUGGAAAUAAAAGGACCACGAGUCUGUGAUUGAGGCCUUUUGCUACAAAGCAAAAUUAUAGCAAAAGAGUCACUUAUAUAUAUCCAUACAUAUAUACAUCUUCUCUCUCUCUCUCCCCCACAUACGAUAUAUGUAUAAAUAUAUAUAAAUAUACGAUAUAUAUGCCAUUUAAUAUCAGAAGUAAUAUUUUAGCUCCAGUUUAAUAGUACUAUUUUUAUUUUCGUUCCUUAAGGCAGUUAAGGCCUUUACCUUUUUAUAGUAGUAUUUUAUUAAAUCACCUCCAUGUCCCUUCCCUCGUCCACCUUUCCACCACUUUCUGUUGGGAACCGUUGAAACAAAACCGUCUGACACGUUUGUCUCGUUUUACCACUAUUUUUUUAGUUUUCUUUUGUUUUAUUCUUAUUUUUAUUAUCAUCGUUAUUAUUAUUAUUAUUAUUUGGAUUUAAAUGGUCGCCCUCGAGCCACAAGAAGUGUUACUGCGUCAUAACUUCAUUUCUCAGAUCCCCAGCAGCGCUGAGGAGGUCAGGGGUCAGAGACAGUAGUGACGGAUGAAAAUAUCGGCAAAGGCGGGGAGUUUAUGAAAGCAAUAAAAGAUUAUCGACGGUGUAAACCUGCGUCUUCAGAGAGCCAAUGUCUUCUAUAUCUACCCUGUAGAUCCGGAUUUGUGUAAAAAUCAUUAAAACAGUCACAAAUUCGCUUCUAGGGGAGUAUAUAGUGGAUUUCUGCACAACGGCAGCGAUGGAUCCCGCACAGGGCGGAGAGGCCUUUAGCUGUUAUUAUUGGGCUGUAAAGCCUUUAAUCAGUAUAGAUCACGGCUUUAUAUUCGAUUUCGUUUGUAUAAAAGUGGGACCGUAAAGGUUAAAAGACGUGUUUUCAUUUUCUGCAUGCGCACAUAAAAUAUAAAAUACAUACGCCGUUUUAUUUGUUUCAGGGCUGUAAUUGUGCUGAUUUAUGUUUAUGUUGAAGCCCCCCAUCCACAGUGACGACCCAGCCCCUGUGCAUUUUAUUUAUUAUUUCGAUCGUCAAACGUCGUCGCCGUUUUAAAGGCCAACUCCGGGCUGAAUUGGAAUCUUUUUUCUUUUUUUUUUUCCUUUUUUUAUUUAUUAUUUGUCUUGUUGAAAAAUGAUGCGGCCGGCUGUACUGUUCAUCCAGGAAGGCACGUUGGGGGGUUGUGUUCGCGUGUGUUUGUGGGGGUGUGCGUAAGGUUUCGAUUUAGAGACGGUCAAUUUUCUCGAAACAAAGGACCUGGAUAUCUCCAUCAUCUUGCUAGUGGGUCUGUGUGUGUGCAAACCUUUAAUCCUACUGAUAACAGAAAACCCCUGCAGCAUGCAUGCUUUGAAUGUGAAAACUCCUAUCCCAGCCUCCUUUUCUAUCCAGUUCUAAUGCCUUUUACGUGCUGUAUGGCUUUAACUGCGUUUCUCGCACACAGACAUUUAAUGGUUUUAAUUGUAGUGCGCUGUAAAACUACCAAGAAUGCUGAUAAGAAUUAUUUUUGUUUAAUAGUGUGAGGUCUAGUUUACGAGACAAAAACGCUCGUUUUUCCUGUGUUUUCUGUCCGCUUAUGACAAAAACACCAUCGGAAAGCGAGGUUUUGAAUUGAAUGGCGACGCGUUUGUGUCUGAAAUUGCGAAAUAAAUUGCUCUAAAAGUGUGCCCUUACUCGUGGGAGAGGGCCAUGACCGUUUCGAUGGAUUUUUCUUUUGGGAGGACAACAAAGAGAGUUCUACCUCUGUUUGGCAAUGCACCCCUCAGAGGCAAGAGCGAGCGCACGGUUGGGUUGGGGGCACAUACGCCAGGGAUGUUAAUGCCAGAAAGUGGGGAGAAAUAAAUCCUGUUUAUUCAUGCGAGGCUGAAUUUCCAUGCACGGGGAGUUAAAUGUGGAAUGGCUGCCUGUUGGAGCAGCCUGGUUUUUUUUUUUUUUAAAAAAAAAAGGGGGCUCGCAGUGCUGGAUUCUCGUUCCUAAUGCAAAGGUCCUCUGGUGAUUUAAGAGGGAGUGUAACCUGAAUUAGUUGAUGAAUUUUCUAUCGAUCCUAAACAAGCCAGAUUUAUCUCUGACACGGUACUGCUGCUGGGUGGCGGUGCAGCAGCCGGCCAGGCCACUCUCCCACUCUCCCACUCCCCGUUAUUAGCGAUUUAAAAAAAGAAGAGGGGGGGAAAAAAAGAAAAGAGAUUUGGCAAGCACGUCCCAACACACACCCAAAUAUAUACACAGAGGGUGGUGCAGGCGCCACUUUAAAUCCCCCCAAGCGCUUUCUUUCUGCUACUUCUUUUUUUUUCCUUUAAUUUUUUUUUUCUCUAUUUGAAGUUCCAGCCAGAUGCGUAAGAGGGGGAAAGGGUUCGUUUGCAAUAGGGGAGGACUUGUCAUCUGUACUGUACUCUGUUGCUCGUGCGUGUCCGUGUGCGCGCCUCUUCCCCUCACUCCGGAGCAGAAUGUGUGUUCGUCUGGUGGACGCGCGUUGUUAUUGUUGUGAUUCUCCGUCUGCUUAUAGCGGCAUGCGUGGAAACAUGUGGUCGUGAUAUACAGACAGAGCUGGCGUAAGGGGAGAGACUGGGAGGGGUAUUGUCGGACUGUGAAUGCCCCGCAAACUGGGGCCAUAUGAUGAUGCGCGUGCGGGGGCCGUGUAUAUGCUUAAUCCCAUUUCCUUAUCCGGGGCUCGUCCUGGAGGCGCGCCAUUGGCCGGCUGCCGUCACGUGGCUUCUUAACUUUGUUCACUUGACAGAAAAGUAGGAGGGUUCAACGGAACAGGAAUAACCGAAGAGUAAAGGGAUGAGAUAUAAAUUUUAGUUAUAUAUUUUCCGACUAGGUGCAAUUCUACAAAAAGACUGAAAUUAAUGGCCAUGAGCUCGUAUUUGAUCAACUCCAACUAUGUGGACCCGAAGUUCCCACCGUGCGAGGAAUACUCACAGAGCGACUAUCUGCCCAGUCACUCUCCGGACUAUUACAGCUCCCAAAGGCAAGAGAAUGCUGCCUUCCAGCCGGACUCUCUCUACCACCACCAUCAACACCACCCGCACCACCAGAGCCAGCACCAGCAGCGAACCGAGCCGCCGUACACGCCGUGCCAGCGCGCAGCUCAGCCCGCCUCGGUGGUGAUGUCCCCUCGGGGUCACGUCGUACCCCCGACCGGGCUGCAGACCACCCCAGUCCCGGAGCAGAGCCACCGCUGCGACUCGGUGACACCGAGUCCGCCUCCUCCGCCUCCGUCUUGCGGUCAAACGCCUCACAGCCAAAGCAUUUCUUCCCCUUCGAGCACUCGCAAGGACCCCGUAGUCUACCCGUGGAUGAAGAAAGUCCAUGUAAACAUCGUGAGUCCAAACUAUACAGGGGGCGAACCGAAGCGCUCGCGGACGGCCUACACCCGUCAGCAGGUUCUGGAGCUCGAGAAGGAGUUCCACUACAACCGGUACCUUACGCGCAGGCGCAGGGUGGAGAUCGCGCACACACUGUGUCUGUCAGAGCGACAGAUCAAAAUCUGGUUCCAGAACCGGAGAAUGAAAUGGAAGAAGGAUCACAAGCUGCCAAACACCAAGGUCCGCUCCGGGACAAACAACAGCAACACAAACUCCCAGGCUCUAACCGGCUCCCAGAACCGUUCUUCCGGACCCCUAUAGCCCGGUUGUUUUGUCCUUUGUCAGAUGCUGGCCCUGCCUUUUUUGCUCCCCGAUUUCCUAAACUGAACGCCAAGGGGGCAGCCACGCUUGUAGCCACCGGAGCCUGCACUUUGGACCGGAUUAACGCCUUCGCUCUGGUGGGAGGGAGAGAUGUCAUUGUAUGGCCCUGAUGUGUGCUGAUGUUACUCACUAUUAUAUGACGUUAGUGCGAGGGAGGGGUAGAAGAGGAAAAUUUCCAUUCAUAAAAUAUGAAAUGAACAAAAGUAGGCGAAGGAGACUGAACGGACUGAUAAAAAUAAUGCUGCUUCUUUGCCUCCGUCCCCCCGUCUCCCCUCUCUCUCUCUCUCUCUCUCUCUCUCUCUGCUUUUAAUUUCUGUUUCUUUUUAUACUCCUCUCCGUCUUCCUCCCUCUGACAGAGCAGAAGACGGUAGGCUGAAGAUAAUGUUCCCGCGUGUGUGUGGUUUCUUUCCCUCUCUUUUUCUAUCCAAGACUCUUUUUUUGGUGAAGAUAGAUCCUCGUUUUCAUCUUUAAUCAUGCCAAACUCGGGCCCCAUUUGUCAUGUUUACUCUGCGGGUACAAAGCAAAGGGGUGAACCGCGGCUCUGCCUAUUACCCCUCGCCCGUGUGUGUGUGUACCCCCCCCCCCCCCUUUUUUUUUUACCCACGCACGUGUAAUAAAUGAAACGCACGUUUCAUCAGAAUAAGUAUUUUCACACUCACCACACAGAAAAACACAACUCCACAACGCCCCUCUGUCUGAACAUCUCAUAUCCGAUGUAAACUCCAAAAUGUAGUUUGCCGUCAUAACUGUUGCUAUUUCCGUUUUGUUUAAUGACAAAUUAUAGCUUUUGAGCUUUUUUUUAAUUGUAGUUACUUUGGAAUUCAGUGUUGAUUGUAAAAUGAUUGUUGCUGAGAGUGCCGAGGAGCGUUUAUGUGCGUCCGUUGAUUGUUCAUUUUGUGAUGUUGUAUACAGGGAGAGUCUAACAGGGUGAUCGAAGCGAAGUAAAGCAGAAUUAAGGUAUUUCCCACUACUUACCAAACCAACAGGGUUUUUAAUGCUGCCUAAACAAAGGACACUAAUGAAUACACACAAAUCCUGGUACAAAAAGAACACAGUAUAAACACAGCACUAUGUAAUGUACUAGCCUACCUAUUACCUCAGUUGUACUUAUAUAUAUUUUUUUUAUUUUAUUUUUUUUGGUUCUCUUAUUUCCUCUUGCUCGUUUAAUGAAGUGACAGCUUUUUGAGCUUUUUAUAUACAUAUAAAUAUAUAUUAUUUUUUGGGGGGAAAUUAUGUGACGAGUCCUAAUUAUUAUUAUUAUUAUUAUUAUUAAUAUUAUUAUUAUUAUUAUUAUUACCUGCAAUACAGAAAAACAUUUCUUGUACGUGGAACACUUCGAAAUAAUGUAAUUUAAUUAUAAACAAUUGUUCUAGAAAGGGACAUUCUGAAAAAAAAAACACUAAACAAAAAAAGAGCGUCCUGUUAUUAAUCUUUUUUCUCUUUGUCUCUAUUUUCUCUUUUCUCCGCACAUUAGAUGCGCGCACACUUAAUUCUUAUUUCUCCUUCCCCUCUCUAUUCCUUCACUUUGUGCCACUCUACAGAGGUUUUGAAUUAUUUUAUUUACAUUCCAAAGAUCCGUUGUUAAAUGACGAUAAUAAUAAUGAUGGUAUUGUUGAACAUGUGUUACCUCCCCAGAUAUGUACGUUUCUCUGCUUAUGCCUCCUCAGUGUCUACCUUCCUAUUAUUUGUAAAUAGUUAAUAGAAAUUUAAAUAAAUGGAUGAAAAUGUA